UUUCUAUAAUUUAUUCAGUUUAUUCGAGAUUUUAUUCGUGCAAGACUAGAAACUGUUUUCAUCCCACCUCUAGUUGGGUACCUACUUCUCGUGAGUUCUGCAAACUAAUCCAAUAGUGAAAUGUGUAAGAAAUGUCUCAUCUCACUGCUAGGUGGAUUAAAUCGGUUUUUAUUAAUAGAAAAUGCAAAAGUUGAUUUUUUCAUAAAUAUUACAUUCUGAGGAGUCUCUUAAAGUUAAAUUUCGUGUGAAUAAGAAUAACAUUUUAUUAUAUAUGGUUACACAAAUAACCAAUACAAUUUUUCAACACCAUUUUUAAAAAUAUAAAAAUUUUACCGCAUUUACCGCAUUACCACGCGGUGCGGUGCGGUAAAUAAAGUGCGGUUGCGGUAAGCGGUGCGUUUUUAUUAUUUUUUUGCGGUUGCGGUGCGGACAAUCCAUUUACCGCCCACAUCCGCACCGCGACGAACCCUAUAGAGAACAUCAUGACAGCAUCGGAGUGCCAAUAAUUAUCCGAAAUAUCGACCCUCCCCUCGCCCCUGCGAUUACAGGCUGGAAACUACAACAAAGUAUGCAUAUCCUUCACAAUGAUCAAUCAGCAAACGACGAUGUCAAUUACACAAUAUGUAUUCCACUUCCUACCUUUUUCCUUUACUUACAUAAGAGGGGAGCAAGCCGCCCCUAAAUACGGCUUUCCAUUCCCCCACUAACAUGUGACAUGCAAUUAAAAAACGCUUUUAAUCCACCUAACAGUGUGAUGAGACAUUUCUUAUUACUCUUAUCACUCUCUUCGGAUAUUAUAUCGUCUGAGAACAUUUAGAGCUUGAUGCUUCGCGAUGUUUUUGAUAACACAUACUACAUGGGAUAGUGGCAGGACUCAGAGAAUCACUCAAAUCAGCAUAGGACAAUAUCAGUGCUAGAAAUCUCAAACCAAAUCAAUGGGAAAGCGAAAAAAUGGCCCAUAAAAUGGACAUACAAACGAAUUAUUGCUAAUACUCUGUUAAUAAAAUAUCUAAAUUCCUCAAUCAAUGCAUUGUGGUGGGAAAACAGAAUUUUCCUAAAGGGGUUAUAUAUUGUACUGAGCCAAAAAAAAAUCGAUUUUUUUAAUCUAUUUGAAGUUUAUACUUUACUCAAAUUUCCAUCGCGAUUGAGAACUAAGAAAUCUACGCUUUUUCUUGAAAAGGGCGAUACUAGCAGUGAUACCAUUCAAAGAAAAUCUACAGUGAAUUUUUACAGACUUGGUUUUAUUUCCUAUCUAGGAGCUAUUGUGUUUUUUUACAUCCUAGAUUGCAUGAUUCAUUGAUCGAAACCCAAAACUUCAUAAAGUAUUUGAAAUUAUUAAAUUAAAUUUUUUUUUUGCUAUUGAAAUUGACAAAAUGAUAGUAUCGCCCCUUUGACGAUUGUUUACUUUUUCGGUCCCACCUAUCAGCAUUGAAGUAUCGCCCUUACGUUUUUUACAAUAAAUAACGUUUUACACCACCAAUUUUGUCCGGGUUUUUUCAAUAGCGAUCAUUAUUACUAUUUACAGCUGGUAUCAGCUUAAUAAUCCUAAACAAAAUACGAAAAAAACAGUUUCGACUCUAAACUGCUAGCAAAAAAAGUAUCGCCCUGUUUGUUUGCAUGGAGCGUGGAGGGCGAAACUUUAAAUAAACAAACAAAAAUACAGUUUCGCCCGUUGUAUUUUUUGCUGUAGAAAGCAAUAUCGUAGAAUCCAAAUUUGUAGGUUAAUUUGUUGCGUUUCAAAGCCCUCAUUCGCAUGUAUGAAAAAAGCCUUAUGUUCACUUUUUUAAGUAGCGCGCUUUUCACAAAAAAGCGUUGAAAUGAAAUCGCAGAUCCUGAUUUCACGCUAUCUCUGAAGUGAAUGCGUGCAUAGUUCCAAAUUUUACUUCGACAUCGACUUUUUCUAAAGGUGACUUCCCAGUAGUAUCCUUGAUUUGAAUUAUUAUCGCUAAUCCUAAUGCCAAAGAACAAAUAAAAACCUCUCGAAAACGAACCUUCCGUCACUUGCGUUAAUGCACUGGGUGCACAGUGCUCUGAAAAUCUAGCGAAAUCGUCUUAGGGCACCAGCGGGUCUAAUUCAGAGCUAUCUGCGUGGCGAGUUAAAUCUGAAAAGAAUACUAAAAAUUAAUUUCUAUUCCAUAAUUUUCAGUUCAGCAAUUCGAGAGAUCGUGCUCACCGCAAGCCAUGAAAAAUAGACUACGUUGUGAAGCGAUGGUCACUAUUUAUUAAAAAAUCACGGUUAAAUAAAAAAUAAAACUGUUAAAAAACUUCAAAUAGUUUAUAAUUUUCACAAACUUAUUAGGAAAAAUUGCUUUCGUAAUAUUGUGUAGGAAAAAAGCUGAAUUUUUCAGUAUUUUCUCUCUGCAACAUAUAAACCCUUAAGUAUACCAAUUAAUUGGUAUACGAAUUGGAAUAAGCUCGCCAAAUUUUGAAAGAAGUCUAUAAUCCCUUGAAAACUACUGUUAGCGGAAUAUAUUUUACUCGGGUUCCCACUGUGAAAUGAAGGAAGAUGAAAUGAAAUGUCAUUGUGGUUAUUGGUUACGUAUAGGAGAAAGAAGAAGUUAGUAAUGUAAGAAAGAUAGCAUUGAAAGGUUUACACGUGAAUUUCUAAAUUGAAAUUAAAUUAAGGUUUGAAUAUUAAUAACUAUUUUGAAUUUCAGAUCUUAAAUUGGAAUUGUUGUCAAUAGAGUUGUUGUCGAUAGGAAAGGGAAUUUGGAGACUUAAAUCUUUGAGCUGACUCAAUCGUUAAAGCUGAGUUUGCUAUCCAGGACUCCGAAAGACUAUUGGCAACAAACUCAAAGAUUUAACAGACGUAGGAGGUUGAAACACAUCAGUUGAUAGGAUUCAGCAAUCGUUAAGUAUGUUGCAAGGAUUGAACACCCGUCAGACACGUUCCAGGACGAGAGCGCUCGCAGCAACCGUAAAACCUAACCUACAAAUGUCGGACGGUGUAGAGGUUAGAGGCAUACCAGCGGAUGCGGUUUUUAAACCGUCGGAGAUUGAUACAACUGGAGGCGAGCAAAAUGAUUGCGAUGCAUGUGGUCGGCCAAACAAAGCUGAACCUUAUAUGGUACAGUGCGAGAAGUGUGAAAUUUGGUACCACUUCUCGUGUGCAAAUGUAAGCUUUACAACGGUUCAGGAAGCAGCAUACACAUGUGCAAAAUGCAUCACAACUGUUCCAUUUCACCUUGGUUCUAGAAGCGACAGGUCAAGCACGGCUAGCUCACGUCAAGCACGAGUCGCUUUAGAGCUGCAGCGGCUAGAAGAAGAAAUGAACCUUCAGAAACAGCGACAGCAGGAACGUCUGGCGAAAGAGAAAGCCCUGAUGGAGAAGUCCCAACGUGAUCAGUUGGAACUAGAUAAAAUAUACAUGGACAAGAAAUACGAACUGCUAAACCAGCAGAACGAAGAGAUGAUGAGUGUACGAAGCCAUCGUAGUAACCGUAUAAGCAACAGAGUCAAGGAGUGGGUCGAGAAAUCGAUAGGAGAGACUGGAAAUGUCAGUCCAGGCGUCGUUGAAAAGAUGUCCGACUUCGAAAAUUCGAGUCCUGCUCAGCUGCCAGUUGUGAUUCCGGUCGAGAAGCUUGGUACGAAGGUCACAUCGACACCGUUGACAAAGCAGCAUAUUUCUACGGACAUGAGUAUGAUUUCUAUGCAGAAGAUAGCCGGAAGUAUUACUAUCGGCGAACCUGCGGAAGAGGAGUUAAAUGAUCCAGCAGGAGCAGGUGCUGUGAUAAAUUCACCCCAGAAACUAAUUUCGCCAACCAUUCCGCCUGUCAACGUUCAAAAGUUUAUUGAUCUGCUUAACGUGUCUGUGCCAACCAAUGAAGCGAAGUUAGUACGAAGUGUGCCUUACGAUCAAUGGCAAAAGGAAACAUUGGCAGUUCGUAGACAACGUGAGAUCGAACAACAGCAUCAAAGGGAAACCGUGGUAAGACGGAAUCGUGAAUUAGAGCUUGUAAAUCUGGUGAAGCGAAUGGAAAUCCAGCGAGAAGAAGAAUUGCAGAAGCAACAUCAGAGAGAAAAUGAGAUCAAGAUUCGAACAGAAAUGCAACUAGCAGAAAGAGAUGAUGAGCUCAAACGUCUGCGCAGUUUAGAACACGAAUUGAGGGCGCAAUUGGCAAUAAGCAGUUCGCACGAAAGGGUGCGGUUGGUUGGUUUAAGGCAGGAACUGGAGCAAACACAAAGCCGUCCGCCGGAUAUUUUGACACAGAGACAACAGUCUGAAGGCGAAAUAAGGAACCAAUCUUGCAAUGCGGUUGAUCAUGGAAGCAUGUCGUCUAGAGUAAGUUUGCUAGGCCCACAGGAGCUUGUAGGCCAAAAGAACUAUAAACAACAGUUCGUCGGAGAGAUAGACAUAAAUAACUGGCUUCGAAAUAGUUGUGCGCUGCUGCCACCGAAUAUUCAACCGCAUAACUGCGAUUCUAAUAUGCAGAGGUCUCAGAUCAGCAGUCAUGACCCAUAUCAAUUCACUACAGGUUCUACCAGCAGGAAUUCUUUCGGAAAUACGGAAAAGGAACCCCAACCAGCAAUGAGUUUUCCGGAAAAUUGCAGGGCUUCCAGGAACCUUUUAGUGAACAGUGCACCACCUAUAUCUUACGUUGGUCCAACUUCCCAGCAGGUAGCGGCUAGACAGGUUGUUUCAAAGGAACUACCAAUAUUCACGGGUGAUCCAGUUGAUUGGCCGAUAUUCAGUAGUAGCUACUUCCAUUCAACUGCGAUUUGCGGUUAUUCUGAUUCAGAAAAUUUGUUACGUUUACAACGAAGUCUCAGAGGCAGUGCAAGGGAAUCAGUGAGCAGUUUUCUUUUACAUCCAGCGACGGUGCCCCAAGUUGUGGCUACAUUGCAAAUGCUAUAUGGUAGGCCAGAGCAGAUCGUCUAUUCCAUGAUAAACAAAAUCCGAACAAUCGUGCCUCCGAAGGCCGAGAAAUUGGAUACAUUGGUGACAUUCGGCUUGACGGUACAAAACUUGUGUGGACAUUUGAAGGCAGUGGGUAUGGUAUCACACUUAUCUAAUCCUAUUCUACUUCAGGAGCUCGUUGAUAAACUGCCACCAACCGUAAAGUUUAAUUGGGCGUUGUACCAACAACAGCUACCUAUUGUCGAUCUCGACAGUUUUGGAAAUUACAUGGCGAAGGUAGCUUCUGCUACUGUAGGUGUCACAGCUUGUGCGGUAGUCCCAACAAAAAUGGUCAAAGAAGAGCGAGCCAAGGGUAAGGAGAAAGUUUUUGUAAAUACACACGCUGCUUCUGGGGAAGCCGAGUUGAAAAACAGGUGUGACAUUGCUACGGGGAAGAACGGAGAAAAUUACAGGCAAUAUAAUGCAACAGGAGAGCAGAAAACAGAAGUGCGUAGUUCUUGUCCUGCAUGUAAUUUCGUUGGGCAUCAGACUGGAAGCUGCCAGAAGUUCAAAAGACUUUGUGUGGACGAUCGCUGGAAGCUGGUUAAGGAGCGUAAACUGUGUCGGCGAUGUUUAACACCGCACACUCGAUGGCCGUGCAAAGGGGAAAUUUGUGGAGUAAAUGGUUGUCAACGACGUCAUCACCGUCUUCUACAUUAUGAUCAUCCCCCAUCCGACCGAAAAAUGGGCGAACCGACGACAUCAGCCACGGUAACCAUUCACAGGCAACCAACUUCCUCCACAUUAUUUCGAGUUCUUCCUGUCACGCUCUACGGGACCAAGGGAAAAGUGGAUACCUAUGCAUUCCUCGAUGACGGUUCGUCAGUUACAUUGGUAGAAAAGGAGAUUGCAGAAGCAAUUGGAGUGGCCGGAAAAGCGGAGUCGUUAUGCAUCCAAUGGACCAGUGGCAUAAAUAAAACAAUAUGCAGCACACGUGUCUCGGAGCUGAAAAUAUCUGGAGCCAACAGUAAUAGUAAGUUUGAUGUAUCCGACGCUUAUACGGUCGACAGCCUUGGUUUACCCGAACAAACGUUGCGUUUUGUUGAGAUGGAGAAAAGGUUUGCUCAUCUACGGAAGUUACCAGUAAAAAGCUUCUCAUCUGCUUGCCCAGGAAUAUUAAUAGGUUUAAGCAAUUCACAUUUGCUAGCGUCAUUGAAGCUUCGAGAAGGUCGUAGACAUGAGCCGAUUGCCACGAAGACUCGAAUUGGAUGGGCUGUUUACGGAAGCGUACAAGGGGGAGACGCCCAAUUUCAGCACAGACAAAUGCAUAUCUGCGACACUCCAGCGGAUGCAAGUCUGUAUGAGUAUGUACGGGAGUUUUUUUCCGUGGAAAGUCUUGGAGUUACUGUAGCUCCGAAGGUGGAAGGCACUGACGAUAAACGAGCUCGCGAAAUUCUGGAUACGACGACAGUUCGCACGAGCUGUGGAAAAUUUAAAACUGGACUUUUGUGGAAACAUGACGUUAUCAAAUUUCCAGAUAGCCGCCCGAUGGCAGAAAAGCGACUGAAAUGUCUGGAAAGACGGUUAGUCAAGGAACCAGCAUUAUACGAGAACGUCCGAAUGCAGAUAGCAGAUUUUGAACGCAAAGGAUAUGCACACCGUGCCACGACCGAAGAAAUUGUUAAGUUUCAACCAGAGCGAACCUGGUAUUUACCUCUUGGAAUAGUAUUGAACCCCAAGAAGCCUGGUAAAGUGAGAGUUAUCUGGGAUGCGGCUGCCAAAGUCAACGGUAUAUCAUUAAAUACAAUGUUAAUGAAAGGUCCAGACUUGCUGACUCCGCUACUAUCCGUACUAUUCCAGUAUCGCGAAAGGUCUGUGGCAAUAUGCGCUGACAUUCAGGAAAUGUUCCAUCAGGUCUUGAUACAGGAAAAGGACAGAAGCGCUCAACUAUUUCUUUGGCGAGAUUCACCAGAGAGGCCGAUGGUUACAAUGGUGACAGAUGUAGCAAUCUUCGGAGCCACAUGCUCACCUGCUCAUUCCCAGUACGUAAAAAACCUCAAUGCGACGGAGAAUGAAGCAGAUAGUCCCAGAGCAGCGUUGGCUAUAAAAAAUAAACACUACGUUGAUGACUACUUAGACAGUGUUGAUACUGUAGAGGAAGCUGUCGAUAUUGCAAUGGAUGUAGCAAAGAUACAUGCCAAAGCAGGAUUUCACAUUCGUAAUUGGCAAUCAAAUAGUACAAGGGUAUUGGAAAAAAUUGGCGGAACAAACCUGAGUAAGGAAAAGCGAUUCAUGUUGGACAAAGAGAGUUGCUAUGAGCGCCUGUUAGGGAUGAUAUGGCUACCAGAAGAAGACAUGUUCUCAUUCUCAGUGAUAUUCAGCAAUGACGUGCAACAAAUAGUCGAAGGUGAUAGUAUACCUACGAAAAGGGAAUUGCUGAAAGUGGUGAUGAGCAUCUACGAUCCGCUCGGUUUAGUCACGGCGUUUAUUAUUCAUGGAAAAAUUCUUGUCCAAGAUGUAUGGCGUACAAAUACUGGUUGGGACGAGAAGAUACCGCAUGACCUAAUACACCGAUGGACUGAAUGGUUGACGAUGCUUCAAAAGCUGAACACUGUUAUGAUCCCUCGGUGUUACUUUCCUGGUUACAACCCCGCAAGCUAUGAUUCCUUGGAGCUGCACAUUUUCGUGGAUGCCAGUGAGCAAGCAUUUGCAGCAGUAGCGUACUUCCGUAUUGUUGAUCAUGGAUGUACAAGAUGUGUUUUGGUUUCUUCUAAAACAAAGGUUGCUUCACUCCAACCACUCACUAUACCCCGUUUAGAACUACAGGCUGCGGUGCUAGGAGCUCGCCUAAGGAAAACUGUCGAGGAAGGACAUUCACUGCAAAUUAAACGAACGUAUUUCUGGAGUGAUUCAAGCACAGUGAAUUCUUGGAUCAAGUCUGACCUACGCCGUUAUCGUCAGUACGUAGCGUUUCGCGUUAACGAAAUUCUAAGUUUGUCAAAUCCAACAGAGUGGCGUUGGCUGCCUUCCAAACUUAAUGUCGCUGAUGAGGCAACUAAGUGGGGAAAAGGUCCAUCAUUUGACUCAAACAGUCGUUGGUAUCAAUGCCCCGCGUUCCUGGGUGAUGAAAAGGAAGAGUGGCCGAAAGAUUGUCGAGUAACUGUAGUGGAAACAACCGAAGAACUGCGUCCAGCAUUCGUCUGCAACCACUUUGUUGUAAAACCCGCCAUACAAAUCGAUAGAUUCUCGAAGUGGGAGCGGCUGUUGCGGUGUAUCGCUUGUGUCCAUCGUUUCAUUGAUGUUCAGACCCGACGAGAUAAAGAGGAUGUUUUGCCAGCAGGAGGACUUACUAGAGAGGAGUUACGAAAAGCUGAACGGAGUCUAUGGCGAUUGGCGCAGUCCGAAGCAUACCCGGAUGAAGUAGUUAUACUGAAAACCAACUUGCUUGUCCCCCCAGAGAAACAAAGAAACUUGGAAAGGUCAAGUGAGAUUGCCAACUUACCACCAGCACUAGAUGAAUUUGGAGUUCUCAGAGUUGAUAGCCGCAGUGCAAAAUCCGACUUUCUUUCAUUUGAUACAAAAUUCCCUAUUAUUCUACCCAAAAAACAUCGAAUUACGGAGUUGUUAAUUGACUGGUACCAUAGAGAAUGGCGACAUGCCAACGACGAAACUGUGGUAAACGAGAUAAAGCAACGAUUCUACAUUUUUAGAUUACGGGUCUUAGUACGUUUAGCGAGAAGAAAUUGUAUGUGGUGCCGUGUUUACAAGUCUAUUCCACUAGCACCGAAGAUGGGACCUCUGCCGAAAAUAAGGUUGACACCAUUUCUCCGUCCAUUUACCUUUGUAGGAAUCGAUUAUUUCGGACCGUAUUUCAUUAAAAUCGGACGAACGACUGUGAAGCGUUGGGUGGCUCUUUUUACCUGCCUUACAAUCAGAGCUGUUCAUCUCGAGGUUGUGUCUAGUUUGUCCACGGAUUCCUGUAAAAAAGCUAUACGCCGUUUCAUUGCUCGGCGUGGUGCUCCUCAGGAGAUCUACAGUGAUAAUGGUACGAACUUCCUUGGUGCGAGCAGAGAGUUGGCGGCUGAAAUUACGAGAAUAAACAGUACAUUUAGCAGCACAUUUACGGAUGCUCAUACGAGGUGGCGUUUCAAUCCUCCAGGAGCACCUCAUAUGGGUGGCUGUUGGGAAAGGAUGGUCCGAUCGGUGAAGACUGCAUUAGGAUUUUUGCCAAAUGAACGGAAGUUAGAUGAAGAAUCUCUGGUGACGUUGUUAACUGAAGCUGAACAUAUAGUUAACUCCCGUCCUCUGACUUUCGUACCAUUAGAAAACGCAGAUCAGGAGUCGUUGUGCCCAAAUCAUUUCUUGAUAAUGAGUUCAACUGGGGUCAGGCAGCCUAUCAAAGAUCCAGUAGAUGAACGCGCUGCACUAAGAGGAAGCUGGAAUAUGAUCCAGCAUAUUUUGGAUAAAUUCUGGCACAGAUGGAUCAAAGAAUAUUUACCGACAAUCACGAGACGGACGAAAUGGUUUCACAGCAUCCAACCGAUCAGGGAAGGCGAGCUCGUGAUGAUAGCCGAUGAGAAAAUAAGGAACAGAUGGUUAAGGGGACGGGUGGUUCGAACGUACCCGGGCAGCGAUGGCACUGUUCGGCGAGCAGAUGUGCUAACUGCCAGCGGAAUUCUUCAGAGACCUGCCGUAAAGUUAGCGGUGUUAGAUGUGGGAAGCGAUGACACCGAAGGAGAGGUUCUAGUGUCAUAAGGGGGAGAAUGUUAGCGGAAUAUAUUUUACUCGGGUUCCCACUGUGAAAUGAAGGAAGAUGAAAUGAAAUGUCAUUAUGGUUAUUGGUUACGUAUAGGAGAAAGAAGAAGUUAGUAAUGUAAGAAAGAUUAGCAUUGAAAGGUUUACACGUGAAUUUCUAAAUUGAAAUUAAAUUAAGGUUUGAAUAUUAAUAACUAUUUUGAAUUUCAGAUCUUAAAUUGGAAUUGUUGUCAAUAGAGUUGUUGUCGAUAGGAAAGGGAAUUUGGAGACUUAAAUGUAGGGAUAUAAAAUUGAAACCAGAAUGAAAUAAUAAAAUUUACUCCUUACAGCUUUGAGCUGACUCAAUCGUUAAAGCUGAGUUUGCUAUCCAGGACUCCGAAAGACUAUUGGCAACAACUACCUAAAAAUUGUUGUAGUUCGAUGCAAUAAAAAAUCUCCAAAAAUGAAAUGUACCUAUUAAUGUGAUACACAGUGAAUAAUACAUACAAUAAAGACCCAUUUUUAUCAGUCUCAUGGUGUAUUUUAGGCUGACAAAAUGGGGACAUUGACUAAAUCGGGCUUUUUUUUCUUUAUAAUAAACUGAAGCUGUUAAAAUAUUCCUCCCGUACCUUUAUGUGGUCUGAUAACUAUUUCUGAUUAUGAUGAACUUUUUAUUUUUGCAUAUUUCCAUCUUCAUGAUAAGGAAAACAUGCUUAAGAAAGGAUUUACUCGAAUUCAGUCUUGUUCGUCUGCUAGAGCCCAUCAAAGAUAUGUUCAUAUUUGGCUGAUAAAAUUGGGGUUUCAAUGUAUUAUAAUAGAUAUUGAGCAUUCGAAGAAGUUUCUUGUGAACGAAUGUAGAACGACUUUGUUUCUACUUACUUGAAGUCAGCGGCGUAGCCAGAAAUUCGGUUUGGUGGGGGUUUGGUGAAAAUCUAUCUUACUGUCUAAACGGCAUAAUUCGGAAACCAAAAUUUUUGAAGUUAUAAAAUUAAGCAGGAUUAUUUUUCAGAAAAUAGCAACAGAGUUCGUGUCUUUAGCGAAUUUGUUGAGUCUUUAUUGUAGUCAUGAAUGUUAACCUGAGAAAAUUCACCAUAAAUACUUCUUGGACGCACUGUUUAACGUUUGUAAAACUCAUCGAAAAUACUAAACCUCCGAAAUUGGCGGUUUCAAAAAAUGAUGCUAUCUUGACCUUAAAUUACCGCUUUUGAGCAUUUGACCUAUACAUAUAAUUGGCCAUACAACAAAAAUCAAAUGCUCAUCAAAAUCGAUCAGGACCUGCUAGAGUCGAAUGGAAAUCGUCA